AUGCAGGCCUCAGGAUCUGGCGCCGACUCAGGAGCUGAAGGAACCAAGGCUUCCUUGAGCGCUUCCGGCGCUGCCGGCUCGUCCCUCAAUUGUCCUUCAUCACCCACUCCCCCGGGCGGACCACGGACAGCUCUGCGCCGUCGGGCUGCUGCAGACCACAAGGAAUCCAUCCGGAAUGCGCGCCCCACAUCGACACGAGCUGCUGGUGCUGGAGGUUCCUCUGGGACUAUGCUAAAGCUCUAUACGGACGAAAGCCCGGGGUUGAAGGUUGACCCGGUUGUGGUGUUGGUGCUGAGUUUGGGCUUUAUAUUCUCAGUUGUUGGUUUGCACGUUAUUGCCAAAGUUACUCGGAAAUUCUCUGGAUAA